AUUUUCAUUUUGUGAAACGACAUUCUCUUGACGAAUUAAAGCCAGCACAUACGAUCUUCUCUUCCUAUAGAGAUAGGAUGGGUUGGUUUUCUAGGAAAGAACGUCCCACUUUGGGUAAAAUGCAAGAAACACUUCAGUUACGAGAAGAAAACUUCGACACCAAGGUUGCCAAAUUCGACCAAGAGCUUUUGCAAUAUAAAAACCAAUUAAGCAAGUUGAAACCAGGGUCGCCAGCAUACCAGUCAACAAAACAAAGAGCACUGGCAGUUUUGAAAAAGAAAAAAAUGUACCAAGCCCAACGAGAUAGAACUUCCAAUCAAGCGUUCAACUUGGACCAAACCCAGUUUGCAGCAACGAGUGUAAAGGAAGCUAGGGAUACUGUCACUAUUAUGAAAGCCACUGCCAAGGAGAUUAAGAAGGGCUUGAAAAAAGUGGACAUUGGAGAAUUGGAAGACCUUCACGACGAUAUGGAAGAACUCAUAAUGGAUAGUGAAGAAAUACAAGAAGCGUUGGGUCGUACAUAUGAAGUGGGUGAUGUGGACGAAGCUGAACUGGAUGGAGAAUUGGAAGCCUUGGAAGACGAUAUGUUGAGAGAUGAUCUUGCAGAAGAAACACCUUCCUAUUUAAAGCCAAGAGAGACCAACGGUGGAAUAGGCAUAAAGAGUGAAACGACAUCACUUUACAACGAACGACAAAAGGUGGAAGAAGAGGAACUGUCACAGUUGGCAACGUAAAGUAACUCAUCCAUCCAACAGUCA